AAAAGACGUAAACAAGCAUGUGACACUAUUCAUGAGUGCUGUAUAAUUACACGCUUCCUAAAACACUAACUGCAUAUUUCAUCUAGACCAAGUAUUCGAUAUUUUUGGGGCCGUUUGUCGUUUUUUAUAGUUUUAUUAAGAGUUUCUUCGAGCUGGACGUUUUCCUCGGGCGGCAUGGACCGGCUGCCGAAGAAUGGGAAAUUUUGCAUCCUCCACAACAGGUGGAUCAACAAGUACAGCAUGUGUAAAGUUUGUUCAUGAAUUGGUGUCACAGAACUGCGUUGUGAUAUUUUCCAAGACCACGUGUCCCUACUGCAAAAUGGCAAAAAACGUGUUCAAUGAAAUAGGUGCAUCUUACAAAGUAAUUGAACUUGAUGAACACAAUGACGGGAGGAAACUACAAGAGGCCUUAGCUCAGAUGACUGGUGCCAAAACGGUGCCAAGAGUCUUCAUUAAUGGAAACUGUAUCGGAGGUGGCUCAGAUACCAAACAGCUCCAUCAGCAGGGCAAGUUAGUGUCCCUGAUCAAUCAGUGUGCUCCCUGCUGUGCGCCUAGCUCCGAAGGCUCAGGGAGUGGACAGUUUGAAUCUGCAAAAUGACUAAUUGUUCUUUUGAUAUCUUUCAAUCAUGCAUUUAUAAAUGUUUGAUAAACCUUGUGUUUCAAGUUGUAUAUUGCUUUAACAAUGUUGUCUCAUUUAUUUAUCAUAGUGCACUGAAUACUUUGAUGUCAUGCAACACAUUUUUAUUCAAGAGUUUACAAUAUUAUUUAAGGUUUCACUUAAAGCAUGAAGCUUCAUCAUAGGUUUGGUUUCAGUUGUCAUUGAAUACUAAUAAGUGAGUUUGUUUUAUUUCUGUACGUGAUUGUGUACUGUAAAUUGUUUCAGAGGAUUAACUAGUGCCUAAUGAAACAGUAUCCCUCCUAUAUGAUAAGUAUAUUUAACAGGGCUCAUGAUGCCAAUAAAACAUAUUGAGAAAUGCA